AUGCAUCUCGCUUCUGUACCUGCGCUUGUGCUUCCCUGUCUCUAUAAAAAUCCCUCUCCCCAGCCUGUGGGCGCUCAAGUCUUCAAGGAGAUCUUGUCGCCCCAGCCCUGGAAGACGUUCCAGGGGUAUCUGGGGCCCGACUUUUUGGGACUCAUCUGUCUGAACCCACUACCAGAGUCGGACUCGUUGGGGCCUCGUCCAAGGGGUACGUGGUUCUUCUGGGAGACGAGGGAUCCGGACCCUCUUCAGAGUCUCCGUCUGUGUUUUUGCUUUCGGUUUUACGCCGGAGCCACGCUGCGCCACUGGGGCGACGUUCAAGACACAGCCAACAACCAGUCAUUGGACGUCCGAAAGAAGAAAUGGAUUACUCUCUGCUCGUCUGAGUGGCCAACCUUUAACGUUGCCUGGCCGCAAGACGGGACAUUUAACCUUGAUACUAUUUCACAGGUGAAAGCCAGAGUGAUGGAUCCAGGGCCACAUGGCCACCCGGACCAGGUUGCCUACAUCGUCACCUGGGAAGCCUUGGCUUCUGACCCUCCACCUUGGGUUAAGCCUUUCACAAUCCCCGCACGUCCUUCCCUGACUCCUACCGCCCCUUCCUUACCACCCCCUCCUCUUACCACCCCGACCACAUCCUCCCUUUAUCCCACCCUCACAAAGAGUACAGAGACAGGAAAACCUUUGGGAAGCUCUAAGGCGGACAAGGAGAAGUCCAAAAGAGCACCCACUGAGGUGUUACCGCCCAGUCCUGACUCUCCUCUUAUUGACUUACUCUCUGAUGAACCUCCCCCAUACCAGGGUCCGGGACCUGAACAACAAGGAGAAGCUGCGGCUGCGGGUCGGGGCCCCCCGAGCGACCCCCGACCCCUGAAGCGCCUGCCCCCUCACCCCACCACCCUAACCUCUUUGAUCGAGUCCAUUCUAGUUACUCAUCAACCCACCUGGGAUGAUUGCCAGCAGUUGCUGCAGGCCCUGCUGACCUCUGAAGAGAAACAGCGGGUCUUCCUCGAGGCUCGGAAAAACGUUCCCGGCGAAAAUGGCCGCCCCACGCUAUUGCCUAAUGAAAUUGAUGCUGCCUUCCCCUUGGAACGCCCUGGUUGGGAUUUUACUACGGUUGAAGGUAGGAACCACCUGCGCCUCUAUGGCCAGUUGCUCAUAGCGGGUCUCCACGGGGCAGCACGCCGCCCCACCAAUUCCAAUUUGGCCCAGGUAAAGCAGGUCAUACAGGGCUCGGAGGAAACUCCGUCAGCAUUUUUAGAAAGACUUAAAGAAGCCUAUUGUAUGUAUACUCCCUAUGAUCCAGAGGAUCCAGGACAGGCUACCAAUGUCUCUAUGUCUUUUAUUUGGCAAUCAGCUCCUGAUAUCAGAAAAAAAUUAGAGAGGCUUGAUAACCUCAAGGAAAGCUCCCUACAGGAUUUAUUAAAAGAAGCAGAACGCAUCUUUAAUAAGAGAGAGACAAUUGAGGAAAGAGAGGAAUGGCUGCUCACCUUCCAAGUAGAUACCAGAGCCCAGCACUCAGUCCUAACCCAUACCUCGGGACCACUCUGUGAUCGAUCGGCCUGGGUCCAAGGAGCUACAGGUGGUAAGAGAUACCGAUGGACGACGGAUCGAAAAGUACAGCUGGCUACCGGUAAGGUGACACAUUCUUUUCUGCAUGUCCCGGAUUGCCCCUAUCCACUAUUAGGAAGAGACCUCCUCACUAAAUUAAAGGCUCAAAUUCACUUUGAAGACAGAGGGGCUAACAUAACGGGCCCCAAUGGGGCCCCCCUCCAGAUUCUCACACUGCAUCUGGAAGAUGAAUAUAGACUUUAUGAAACUCAAAGACCCCAGGGACCUGACAUGACUCCUUGGCUUGAUAAAUUCCCUCUGGCAUGGGCCGAGACUGGGGGAAUGGGAUUAGCACUGUGACAGCCUCCGCUCAUAAUCCAACUAAAGGCUACAGCUGCCCCCGUCUCCAUUAAGCAAUACUCCAUAUCUCAUGAGGCGUAUCAGGGAAUAAAACCUCAUAUAAGGAGGCUGCUGGACCAGGGCAUCCUCACCCCCUGUCGCUCACCCUGGAAUACUCCCCUAAAGAAACCUGGUACUAGGGAUUAUCGGCCAGUGCAGGAUUUAAGAGAGGUCAACAAGAGGGUAGAAGACAUACACCCUACGGUCCCCAACCCUUAUAAUCUACUGAGCGCACUGCCACCUUCCCACACUUGGUACACCAUAUUGGAUUUAAAGGAUGCUUUCUUCUGCCUAUGGCUGCAUCCUAUGAGUCAAUCUCUGUUUGCCUUUGAAUGGAAGGAUCCAGAUCUUGGGCUCUCAGGCCAAUUAACUUGGACCAGGCUUCCCCAAGGGUUCAAGAACAGCCCAACCCUCUUUGACGAGGCUUUGCACCGAGAUCUGGCAGAUUUCAGGGUGCAGCAUCCUGCCCUGUUACUGCUCCAAUAUCUUGAUGACCUCCUCCUGGCGGCAGCGUCAGAACAGGAGUGCAGGGAGGGCACAGAAGCCCUCUUGCAGACACUAGGACAAUUAGGAUAUCGGGCAUCCGCAAAGAAGGCCCAAAUAUGCCAAAAAGAGGUCAUCUACCUAGGCUAUCAGUUAAGGGAUGGACAGAGAUGGCUGACUGAGGCACAUAAACAGACUAUUACUGACAUCCCUGCCCCUAAAAAUCCCCGCCAGCUGCGGGAGUUUCUGGGGACUGCAGGGUUCUGUCGCCUCUGGAUUCCAGGGUUUGCGGAGAUGGCUGCACCCCUAUACCCUCUCACCAAACAAGGGACUCUGUUUAAUUGGGGAGAGGAACAACAGAAGGCAUUCCAGGAUAUUAAAAAGGCCUUGCUGGCCUCCCCAGUGUUGGGCCUCCCUGAUAUCACCAAACCCUUCAAAUUGUUUGUGGACAAACGGCAGGGCUAUGCUAAAGGAGUCCUCACUCAGAGACUGGGCCCCUGGAAGCGUCCAAUAGCUUACUUAUCCAAGAAACUUGAUCCAGUAGUGUCGGGCUGGCCACCCUGCUUGCGAAUGAUAGCAGCCAUUGCAGUCCUUGUCAAGGAUGCCGGCAAAUUAACUCUGGGUCAGCCUUUAACUAUCCUAGCACCCCAUGCAGUAGAAGCCUUGAUUAGACAACCUCCAGACCGCUGGCUCUCCAACGCCCGCAUGACUCAUUACCAGGCCAUGCUCCUGGAUGCGGACCGAGUCCAGUUCGGUCCAGUGGUUGCACUUAACCCCGCCACUCUGCUCCCCCUGCCCCUGCCGGGAAAGCCAGAACUGCAUGACUGUUUCCAGAUACUUGCGGAAAUGCACGGGACCAGACCGGACCUGAGGGAUCAACCCCUCUGAGAUGUCGACUACACCUGGUACACGGACGGCAGCAGCUUCCUGGUGAACGGGUAGCGGAAGGCGGGAGCAGCCGUGACCACAGAGACGGAGGUAGUCUGGGCAAAAGCCCUUCCGGCAGGCACCUCAGCCCAGAGAGCUGAGCUCAUCGCGCUAACCCAGGCCCUUCAGAUGGCAGAAGGUAAGAGACUGAACGUCUAUACAGAUAGCCGAUACGCCUUUGCCACUGCCCACAUACAUGGGGAAAUUUACCGUAGGUGAGGACUAUUAACUUCCAAAGGAAAAGAAAUUAAAAACAAGGCUGAGAUCCUGGCGCUGCUAAAAGCCUUGUUUCUGCCUCAGAAAUUGAGCAUUAUGCAUUGCCCUGGCCAUCAAAGAGGCGAUAGCCCGGAGGCAAAAGGAAACCGACUAGCAGACACAGCCACGAGGGAGGCUGCCCUAAACUCCCUCAGCACCACCCGAGCCCUUCCUUUGAUGUGCCCAGAGGAGACUCAGGCACCCAGACGCUCCCUACCCAUGAGACAAACCUACGAACUGAUAGACUGUUUACAUAAACUAACCCAUCUGAGCCCCAAAAAGAUAAAGACUCUCCUAGAAUGCCAGGAGAUGGGACAAUACCUCUUAAACAGAGACGGGGCCAUACAAAAAGUAACUGAUGAAUGCAAAGCCUGCGCCCAGGUAAAUGCAGGCAGGACUAAGCUCGAACCAGGGAUCUGAGUUCGAGGACACUGUCCCGGCAUCCAUUGGGAAAUCGACUUCACAGAGGUAAAGCCUGGAUUAUAUGGAUACAGAUACCUACUGGUGUUCAUAGACACCUUCUCUGGAUGGGUAGAAGCUUUCCCCACAAAACAUGAAACGGCAAAGACUGUGACCAAGAAACUCUUGGAAGAAAUCUUCCCCAGGUAUGGGAUGCCCCAGGUCCUGGGUACUGAUAAUGGGCCCGCCUUCGUCUCCCAGGUAAGUCAGUUGGUGGCUAAGCUUUUGGGGAUUGAUUGGAAAUUACAUUGUGCAUACAGACCCCAAAGUUCAGGACAAGUAGAGCGCAUGAAUAGAACAAUUGAGGAGACUUUGUCUAAAUUAACGCUUGCAACUGGCUCUAGAGACUGGGUGCUCCUCCUGCCUUUAGCCUUAUACAGGGCCCGAAACACGCCGGGCCCACAUGGACUCACCCCAUUUGAAAUAUUAUAUGGGGCCCCGCCCCCAUUUAUAAAUUUCUUGGAUUCCAACAUUGCUGAUUUUGCUAAUAGUCCUUCUCUGGAAGCUCAUUUGCAGGCAUUACAGAUUGUCCAGAGAGAAGUCUGGAAACCACUUGCGGCAGCCUAUCGGGAGCAGCUAGAUAAGCCGGUGGUGCCACACUCCUACCAGAUAGGAGACACCGUAUGGGUACGCAGACACCAGACUAAGAACCUGGAACCCCGGUGGAAAGGACCAUACACUGUCCUCUUGACUACCCCGACAGCACUAAAGGUUGACGGCAUCGCAGCCUGGAUCCACGCUUCCCACGUCAAGGCCGCCCACACCACGGGAGAGAAGGAACUGACCACGACCAUGGAGACCUGGAGAAUUCAGCGCACCCAAAACCCGCUAAAGCUAAGACUUACCCGUGGGGCCCCUUAA